AUGGCCCGGUCCAUAGCACCCUCGAGGGCACUGCUGCGCAGCUUCCAAGAUAUCUCAGCCGCAGCAUCAUCAACACCAUCGAAAUCAUGUCGUCGGUUACUCUCCUCGUCACAGGGCUCCUCUUCCAUACAGAGACCCACCGUUUUGCGAUCGAUCGCCCAUUCCCAGAAGCACCAACCCCUCAUCCAAAAGCGCUUCAAAUACAAGUCAAUUGAGGAGGCAAAGAGUCGGUACUCAGUAGGGCCGUUCUCCUGGAAAGCAGCCGUACUGUUUGUCGCGACGGCUGCCGGCCUGAUGUGGUAUUUCGAGUCCGAGAAGGGGCGCAUGCAAAAGAAGCGGAUAGCAGAGGCGAAUAAGGCGGUCGGCAAACCCAAGGUGGGAGGCUCGUUCAACCUGGUGGAUCAGGAUGGUAAACCCUUCACGGAUGCCGACCUGAAGGGACGACACUCUCUGGUCUACUUUGGCUUCACCCACUGCCCCGAUAUCUGUCCCGAAGAGCUCGACAAGAUGGCCAUCAUGUACGACUACGUCGAAAAGCAAGCACCGGGCGCACUAAACGCCGUAUUUGUGACGUGCGACCCUGGGCGCGAUGGACCCGAGGAGCUGAAGAAGUACCUUGCCGAAUUCCACCCGAAGUUUGUGGGCCUCACGGGGACGUACGACGAUAUCAAGGCUAUGUGCAAGGCGUACAGGGUGUAUUUUAGCACGCCUUCAAAAGUGGCGCCGGGACAGGACUAUCUGGUGGACCACAGCAUCUACUUCUACCUAAUGGAUCCCGAAGGCAAUUUCGUGGAGGCCCUGGGACGACAACACUCGCCCGAACAGGGCGCUCAGAUCAUCUCGGGCCACAUCAAAACGUGGGACAGUUGAAGAGAACAUGGGGCAGCAAAGAGAAGAAGAAAAGAAAGAUUUAAGGCGCUCUGGCUUCUCCACUCAUAUCACGACAGUCCGAGGAACAUUGCACUGUGGGAAAAAAACAAUGCAUAUUUAUGUAUAUAAUACGAGGGCUUUCAGAUAUACCCCAGAUCUUGUAAGCCAAGAGGCUAAACUGCAUGGGCUGUUGACAUCGAAGAGGGAUGCUGUUUCGAGAAUAGUUGCAUGUGAGGCCCUGCAGUCAUAAGAGAAAAACAAUCACGCAAUUGGU